AUGUUAAAGUCAAAGAAGAUUAUAGAAAGUGGAGAUAGAGUGAUUGUCUACUUUUCAAAGGACAAGAUGUCUCUUAUUGACAUUAAAGAGGGACAAGUAUUCAACAGCAAGUUUGGAUCGUUCAAACAUAAUAGAUUGAUCGGAUCAGAGUAUGGUAGCAAGGUCAACUCUGAAGACGGAAAGGGAUUCGUUCAUCUUCUUCACUUGACACCAGAGUUGUGGAGUUGCAAUCUUCAACUGCGUACACAGAUCCUCUUCAAUACCGACAUUAGCACGAUUCUAUUCAAUUUGGAGGUCAAGAAUGGUAGCAAGGUUGUAGAGUCUGGUACUGGUAGUGGAUCUCUUUCAACUUCGUUUAUUCGUACCCUUGCACCAAAGGGUCACCUCUACACAUUCGAGUUUCACGAGGAACGUGUCAAGCAGGCUCAAAGAGACUUUGGAGCCAAUGGAUUCACAGACUAUGUCACCGUCACUCAUCGUAACGUCAUUCAGAAUGGUUUCAAGCUCGACGAUCAACAAAAUAUGAUUGGACAUAUUGACGCUGUCUUUCUCGAUCUCCCCAGUCCGUGGGAUGCCAUCGAUCACGCUGCUCAAGUCAUGCGUGAAGGUGGUAUGUUGUGUUCAUUCUCUCCAUGUAUAGAACAAGUUCAAGCAACUUGUUUAAAAUUAGAUGAAUCUGAUUUUGAAGGUAAAAGAAGAAAGAAAGAAAAAAGAAAAGAUAAUAUUAAAACAGUUGAAGUAUUAAUUAGAAAUUAUGAUGUUAGAUUACAAGAAGAAGAAAUAUUAAAUUUAUAUAAUCCAUAUGAACCAAAUCCAAAUGCAAUUCAAACCGAUAAUAAUAACACUAAUAAUGGCGACAACAAUAAUAAUAAUAAUACUGAAAAUACAUCUACGAAUAGCGACAAUGGUUCCACUACUACAGUAGCAACCAAACAACCAUACAAAAAGAAACGUUGGGAAAAGGGAUCAAGCCAACCAUUUACAUUGGGGCCAAUGGAAGGUGAAAGAAAAAUGAGACAAUUGGCUAAACCAGAAAGCGAAGAAAGAGGACAUACCGGUUACUUAACUUUUGCAAGAUUCAUGCCACAAGAAAAAUAA